AUGGGUGAGCAGCAGGGGGCGACCACACACUGGGAACUGAGUGAUGCAGAGAGAAGAAGAAUGGUCUGCAAAGUCAAUCUGAAAGCCCCACAUGAAUGUGUUACUAUCUGUUAUGUCCAAUUGAGUCGAAUGUCAUGAUCCGUGCUGCAUUGACAAAAUUUCAGAACAAAUGGAGGAACUACCGACACAGAUUUGUUCCCUGGAUUGCGCUCAAUCUCCGCAGAAACGAGGGGUCUCUUCGGCAUGUAACAAAAAGUAUUCAAGACAAGCCCAUCCACGAUGAGGUGGUCUCUGAGACUCUGCUGAAACUCUUUGGGGCGCUGCUGGAAAGAGACGGAGCAGAUGGGAAACAGAGCCUGAAAGAGACUCGUCUAAGACCAAAAGUAGUCCAGACCAAAAGUAAUGAUGCCAGGGAGAUGCACGAAGAAGGGCGGAUUGCUGAGAGUGAUGAUUUGAUAUUUCAAAGCAUGGGUUUCUGCAUCCACCGUAGACCCAGCUCGGUCCCCCUGGCUGGAGUCGGGGUCUUCAUCACCAAAGGAUGGGUUCCCAAGGGGACGGUCGUGGCCAUGUAUCCAGGCACGGUCUAUGAGGCUUACGAGCCCAUUUUCUUCCAGUCGCUCAGAAACCCUUUUGUGUUUCGAUGCAUCGACGGCGUUCUGGUGGAUGGUAACGAUAAGGGGAUUUCAAAACUGGUGUACAAGUCAUGCAGCAGAAGAGACAUGCUGGGCCCGUACAGGUUAAGUGAUUUCAGCUGGCUGACAGCCAAUCCAAAGAACCCACUGGCUAUUGGCCAAUACGUCAACAAUUGCAACGACUCUCCUGCGAAUGUCUGCUACCAGGAGUAUGAUGUCCCUAGAGUGUUUCCUCUUGAACUUCAUCAGUAUCUUCCAAAUGUGAAGUACAGUCAUGAAACACAGAGGCCUAUAAGAUGCAUCGUCCUUGUAUCUCUUAGAGAUAUCAGUCCUGGUGAAGAGCUCUUCUCUAACUAUUACACCAUCGUGGAAUCGUAGUCAAACUGAUUCACUUGGACAUAAGUUCAACUACCUGUAUUUGUAAUAAACAAAUACAAUUACUGCCCACAAGAGGGCAGCACCUCAAGUCCUCCAUUGCACUUUAGGCCUUUGUCCAGGAAUGACGGGAGGAACAAUGCUCGAUACUGACUAUCUAAAAAAUUUGCUUUUAUAUAUAUUUUCGUAUUUCUGAAUAUAUUUUAGGUAUGUAAUGACCGCAGAAAUAAAACAAAAGUAAUACAUUU